AUGGAAUUUAUUAGAAACAACAAAGGUGGUUUGCAACUUUGCUAUAAUGGGUACGCCUUCAACAAAAAAAAUAACAAAAAAACAACAAUGAAUGCAGUAUUAAGUGUCACACCUCAUACACAUCCAUCGAGUGAAUCAGAAAUUGAAAAACUCAAAGUAAUCAACAGGAUGAAACAAGCUGCAUGUUUAGUGUCAACGUCGAAACCAACACACGUAUACGCAUCAGAAUUGGUCAGCAUGAAUGAAGAUGUCAAAAGAAAAUUAACUUCAAAAGACCACAUGACAAGGAGACUUAGAUAUCAAAAAAGAAAACAUUUUCCAAAAGAACCUGAAUCUGCGACAGAUUUGAAUAUUCCGGACGAUUUUAAAACAAUUAGUAGCACAAGUGACACGCCGUUCCUCAUGUACGAUAAUGGAAUAAAUUCAGAAAAUCGUUUGAUUUUGUAUUCAUGUUUGAACCAGCUAACGAUUCUUUCAACUCAUUCAAGAUUGCGAAACAUUUGCAACGAUCUGAAUAAUGAGUUUGUUACCAUACCCAUAGCUUUACAAGCGAUAGGACAUACCAUACUACUUACAAAAGAUUACGAUUACAUUUAA